UUUUGACGAGUUCAGAGUAUUGCAAUGGCGGCCGUUAGUAGUGGUCGAAUCGCGAUGGACCUUCAAAAUCAAAAUGAAACGCAAAUCGGGCCCGUGGACCGUUUGAAAAAACUUUAUCCGGCCGUGAACGAGGCGAAGGCUCCGCUGCCUCGCGCCUGGAGCCCCAAAGAAAAGUACGGCUACAUCGGACUGUCCCAAGGAAAUCUACGAGUGCACUACAAAGGUCAUGGAAAUUCGCACAGGGACGCGGCCAGCAUCCAGGCCACUUACCCGAUACCGGCCGCUUGCGGAUUGUACUAUUUCGAAGUGAAAAUUGUGAGCAAAGGCCGCGAUGGUUACAUGGGCAUCGGUUUGUCGGCUCAGGGGGUGAAUUUGAACAGAUUGCCAGGUAACGCGGGACGUAGACGUCACAGGGGAUGGGACAAACAAUCGUACGGUUAUCACGGUGACGAUGGUCACUCUUUUUGUUCGUCCGGCACCGGUCAGCCGUACGGGCCUACAUUCACAACAGGAGAUGUGAUCGGUUGCGGUGUCAAUCUCAUUGACAAUACCUGUUUUUAUACAAAAAACGGUCAUCACUUGGGAACUGCCUUUCACGAUCUACCUCCAAAUCUGUACCCGACAGUGGGUCUUCAAACGCCAGGCGAAGUCGUUGACGCAAACUUUGGUCAAGAGCCUUUCGUUUUCGACAUAGAAGACAUGAUGAAGGAGCUGCAAGCCCGUACCAAAAUGGAAAUUAGAGAUUUCCCUGUGCCCGCUAAACAGUCCGAGUGGCAAGCAAUUUUAAACAAAAUGGUUUCUACUUAUCUAAUUCAUCACGGAUAUUGCAAUACUGCCGAGGCCUUCGCCCAAAUCACCAAUCAGCCUUUUACCGAAGAUAUUCAUUCAAUUAAAAAUCGCCAAAAAAUUCUCAAGCUUGUCCUGUCCGGACGCAUGGGCGAAGCAAUCGAGAGGACCAGCCGAUUAUAUCCAGGACUGCUCGAAAACAACCAGAAUCUUUUGUUCAUGUUAAAAUGUCGCCAAUUUGUCGAAAUGGUUAAUGGUUCUGACAUUGAGGUUUGCCACAGGAAAUGUGGCACAGGUGUUUUAGCUUCCCCUAGACCUGGCAGCCCCAUUCAAACUUCAGUAAUUCAGUCCACUAAAGGAUAUAGUAGUAAUAAGAAUAAUAAAUCUUCGGUUGAUGAAAUGAAUGAAACAAACUCUUCACAUAACGGCAACUGUCCAAAUACGUCCGUAAUUCAGACUGAUGACGACCGCAUGGAGGUGGACAAUUCAGAGGAUUGCAAUAAUGGACAAACAAGCAGCGAAAAUUGUCCAAAUAUAACAGAUUGCCCUAAUAUUCAAGAUUGUCAAAAUGGUAAAGAAUGUCACACUAAUGAGAAUUGUUUAAACGGUAAAGAAUCAUUAAACGGAUAUCAAAAUGGCAAUAACCAUAAUAGUACUGAUGGGCAAGAGGCAAAUUGUUGUGAUAACGACGACGACGAUAUGGAUGUAGACACGCCAUUAUGUAGAAAAUCUUGUUCCAAACCGGCAGUAGAGAGAAUACUAGAAUUCGGUAGAGACUUGUAUAGUAUGAGUCAAAGAUUAAAAGCGGAUAAAACUAGUAAACAACACAAUCAAGAGAUGUUAGAAGAUGCAUUUAGUUUAUUAGCGUAUUCUAAUCCUUGGGCAAGUCCUAUGGGGUGGCAACUAGCGCCUUCGCAAAGGGAAGCGGUUUGUGCACAAUUAAAUUCUGCCAUAUUAGAAUCCAGUAAUAGACCUCGCAAACCGCCCCUAGAAGUAGCAAUGGCCCACGCCAACGAACUAUCCCGUCUAAUGUCCCACAACGGUUUGGGAUCUUGCGCGUUUGCAGCAGUCUCGGACGUUCUGGAUCAAGAACAGUGACCCGCGGGCUGAGCCCUUCCGAGGUCGGUAAAAGAAUCACUUUUACUCGACUCAGUGCCUGCCCUUAUCACAUUGGGACGAAAAAAAAAUCGAUUCGUUGACUGCCAUCGAAAGGACCUCAAUUAUUUAUCAAAUCAAAACUGGAAUAAUGGUCCGUUUUUACUGAGUAAUUGUUAAGUGCACACACACACACACCUGCUAGAUUUUGUUUUGAAUCGAUUAUAUAGAAAUUUGCCAAGUUUUAUAUUGAAAGAGGUAGAUAUAGUACUUGCACCUAAACUGUAAUUGUGUUUUAUUAAGUAAAACACAUGAGUUUGUAAAGUAAUAUAAGAGUUUGGUAUGUUAGAGAUAGAAAUUACUUUUUCAUAUAAUCCAAAAUAAUAAUGUAUGGUGUUUAUUUUUUUUUUCUAUUAAUAAAUUUUAUAAUAUUUAAGUACUAAUAAUAAUUAUUAUUUUUAGGAUUUUUUUUUUAUAAUUUGGGUGCGUAAAAUUUAAGGGAUUUGAUUGUUUAGGUGCGAGUACAAAUUAUUAGGAUUGAUGUUGUAUUUUCUGGGUGUCAACAAUGUGAUAUGAAAAUAGUUUUUUUUUUGAGAGUGAAUCAGUUUCAAUUUUAAUAGUUAUUGUACAGUGUGAUCGAUAAAGUUCGCCUCUGGCAUGAAUUUUUUUUUUUUGCUCGAACUUUUUUGGUCAAAUUGUACCUAUAAUACACAAUAUUUUUUAUUUUACGUUUGUAAAUACAAUACAAGCAAAAUGGUUAAUAUUAUUAAUACAAGAACAGUUUUUUUUUUUUAGAUCUCCUAAGUUAUUAUUUUAUGUGUUUGGGCGUUUAAAUUUGAAUUAAUAUCGCAAGAUGAUUAUCGUAUAAGGUGUUUUUCUUUUUACUCUAUAGAACUAUACCAUUUUUAGUGAUAAAAGAAAAUGUAAAUAAAUUAUUGAAUAUGUUAUAAUUUAUCAAUAAAUAAAGAAAAAAUAUA